AUGGCAUUGUUCGCCAAUCUUCUGAAGGUCGCGAAGAUAACAACAAACAUUUUUGCAAAUAAUUUGAAUGCAACGGUUAUAACAAAUUUGGCCAGACAUCGAUAUUUAUCUGGCUGGUUUAAAAAGAGGGGGGUUAAGUGGGCUAAGUUCGUUUUUUUCCUCGGUAUAUUUUACAAAUGAUAUGGUAUAUUUCAGUACAUUCUUGAGCAUGGUGCGAAUCAAAAAUAGGUACAUAGCGGUGCAAAUUGUGCCCUUUACACCCACGCAGACACUGCGUCUGACCGAUCACAGCCUGGCCAAGUGCUUGCUGCAGAAUGUGGAGAAGCACUAUGGCGUGUACGGACUCGGCGUUAUAGAGCAUGGAUUUCGUGUUAAAUAUUGCAAUGAACGCACCAAAAUAGCCAUUAUACGCUGUGUGCAUCGUGGCCAGCGUUUCGUGUCGAGCAUGUUGCCGCUGAUUACACUGAUAGGAGACGUGAGAGCCAAGUUUCGCACGCUGUACAUUGGCGCCACAAUUAUACAGUGCAACAAGUUCAUCAUCAAGCAUCAGAAGCAGUUCCUGGAUCGCGUGAUGGGACAAGUGGAGUCUGCCAAGGAACGGCAGGAUCUGUUCAAGCGCGUCAUGGAGUUGGACAUGGAUAGAUAGAGAUUAAUGACACGAUAAACUGAUUUCUAAAGUAUAUAAUUAAGUAAUUGUAGUAUAUGGCUUUCUUAUAGAAGGCCGUUGUUCCGAUUUGACUAAAAGGUAGUGCUUAUUUUUGGUAUUCAAAUUAUACUUCGAUGAGGAAUUUGCGACUCGGCGAACGAGGUAGCCUGGAGCCGAAUUGCUUGAAUCUGGAACGGAUGUCUGCAAACGUCAGCUUAUUGUUUUUGCUGUAGACAUUGAGAUAGAUGCCGAGCACAACUACCAGACCAGACCAAAGAUAUCUGAAAAGAGAAAUAUGUCAGUAGAGAGUAAAAACAGGAUAUUUAAUGUUACUCACUGUACUGUAAAUGGUUUGCUGAAGAGCAAAAAGGAAAAGGCGAUGGUCACAGCCUUGCGAGCGGUUGUCACUGUGGCAGCUAUGGGGGCACCGCUGCUUCUCACCAGCGCCAACACGAAUUGUAUGCCCAAGUAGCCGGAGAGGCUGAACAGGAACCCAUAACCGAAGGUUUGCAGGGGAUGCUAAAAUAUACGGAUCGUUAGAAAUUAUCGUCGCGAGAAUGCCUUAUACUGACCUCUAAGCAGAAAGCGAAUCCACUGAAAAAGUUGCCAGUGAUCAGCAUGAUUACAAAGAGAUAAACGAAGCCCAAUCCAUACGAGUAGAAGACCACCUCGCUGCUAGGAGCCUUAUGCUCCCUCAUGGCCUUCUCCUGAACAUUGCCGAUCGCCGCAUCACACAGCAGAGCUCCCGAAAUCAUUGCCACUCCCAGAAGAUUAAAGUUGGGCGUCAUUUGGGAGUCGGCCAGGGUAAACCAGGCCAGACCGAUGCACAUGCAGGAGGCUGCCGCAAAGUCCAACGGUCCAUAUCGCUUACCCUGUAUGAGGAUGCUGCCCACAAGCACUGGAAUCAGUUUGCAGCACUUGAAGAUCACUUGGGUGGGAUAAUUGAGGUAGCCUAGGCUCGAGUUGGACAGGCCCAUGGUGCCCAAAGUCAGAGCAGCCAGAACCAGGUACGUUUUCAUGGGAAUGCAACGUGGCGCCGGCUCAACGUCCCACAAUGAGCGUCGUCCCGUUCUGUAGGCCUCCAGGCGGCGUUCAACCAAACCGAAGCCAAUGUAGUAUGCGAACUGGACGAGCGUGAGGAACCAGCCAUACGGCUUGAAUCCCUCCACCGUGAAAAUGAGCUCCUGCAGAUAGCCAUAAAGGAUGUAGAGUAUAAAGACGCCCGCACAGCUCAGCAGAAACUGCGUUGUCUUGUUGUAGUACGUCAGGUCAAAGCACAGGAUACGUAGUUCCGGCGGAGGCUCCGAUGAUGAAGAUUUUCGCGUCAAGGUCGGAGAAUUCGCUGUCGCUGCCUGCUGCACACCAGCACUCCCGUUGAUGUUGAUAACGCUUCCGGCUUGACCGUCACUCAUUCUGGUCGUCACUCGAAGAUUGUGUCGUGUCUGUAUCACAGAGUUGAGUCCAGUUGUUUGCUUGCCGCGUAGAGUAGAUUACUGCCACGCAAGAUGAGGGAUUCCACGUUAACAAGAUUGAUUUGACAUGCCGCUCUUUUGGUUACAUCAUUUGCUGGCCGUGUAAGAUUCUGUUCUUUAACGAAAACUACACACUCGCGGCAUUUGUUUACGCUGUUUUUUUUUUAGUUUCUAUUGCACAAAAAAAGUAGUGUAGUGUAGUGGUAAUAUCGAUACUUCUAUGCGAUAGUUGCUGUUAGAUAAACAUCGUUUAAUUUACUGAA